UGCAACUACUGAGGACACUCAUCACUUUGUAAUGCAAAUUAGGAUACAUUAGUAGCAUUUUUCAUAGUAAAAUAUUACAAAUACCACAAGUGAUACCGAGGUUCCUUUGUGGUAUUUGGAAGAAUCACUGAAUUAUAAAUGUUCGAAGUGUAGUUCAAGUUUUAUUUAACUUUUAAGAACAAUACUUUUGAAUGUCAUAUUUUAUAAAUACCGUAAUUUUCGGACGAUAAGCCGCUACUUUUUUUUACCUCAUUUUGAAUCCUGCGGCCUAUAGUCUAGUGAAGCUUAUUUGUUGAUUUAUUUCGGUUAAUAGGUAACACUUAAUUUGUCAACGGCGUCAUAAGACUGCCAUAAGGCCGUCAUAAUUAUGACAUGACAUUAUCAUGGGCAUUAAUGAAUGUGUAUGACAGAUGUCAUUAAGUGCCAUCCGGCAAUUUAUGUCACUAACUCCAUUUAUGUCCAGCUUGGAUCUUUUACAUCCGUUCAAAAGGGAGAUAAUUUGCCGGAUGACACGAUGGCUAGGUUCAUACUACAGGUCUUAAUGCACAAAUCCGAUUUUUUGCCAUAUCUGUUGUUUUGGCGUGCCGAUUCAGACUGCCUUUGUCCAUUGAGACCGUUCAAGUAUCACGCAUGCGCACUAAUUCGCAGUCCGAGAUGCGCUCAGCAAAGAGACCCGCAUGAGCAGAAGCAUCAAAACAAAUUACACAUGCUAGCUGUAUGUCAUUCCAGAGUGAUCAUAUUUUGAUUUCCAAAAAGAGGACACAAAUAACAGACAUUAAUUAUCCCUGUUUAGUCUUAUAUUCAAAGUUUCUAUGGACUGAUAGAACGCAUACACGCACAAACAUGAGCCUUGACAUGUGUGCGUAAAAUGACGUGGGUGCGUCAGUUUGCCCCGACUCGGCCGUGUGUGCAAUAAUGAAAUAUUGCUCAUUCGGCGCACAGAAUGAAAAUCGAAAAUUGUAAGACUUAUUCUUUCCUUCGUUUAAUUUUUUAAUGACUGUGGUCAAGCCCGCUUCGUGCUUAAAAGCAGAGUUCAAGCUAGGUGCUAAUGCCUACAUGGCUGCCGUCCUCAGUGCCUCUUGUUUUUUGCUGACGUAAUUGCUGCACGAAUUCCGAUUUGGGAGUUUGAUAGUUAAGACUGCCAGUCGCGUUCUGAAAAAAUGUGGCCCAGAUCGAAUUUGAACCACAUAGGAAAGUGACUUAGAUCGGAUUUGACUUCUAUGCGAAAUGUCCCGUUCAGACCGUCAAGUUAAUGCCUGACUCGAGUCGGAAAAACACGAAAAAUCGGAUUCGUGCAUUAAGACCUGUAGUAUGAACCUAGCCAAAGUGAAAUCAGUCAUAAGCAUUCGUUAAUGCUCAUGGCUGUGUCACGUCAUAAUUAUGAUGGUCUUAUGACAGUCUUAUGGCGCCACUGUCAAAUAAAGUGUUACCAAAUUCCAUAACUAGCGAUGAAUGAAACAACUAGAACAGUAACUGAAGAAAUAAUUAGCACAGAACAUGAAUUUUGAUUUGUUAUUUACAUCUGUAGCACUGUAAUACAUGCUAGGAGGCAUGUUGGACGACAACAGUGUUGACGGUAGUUGGCAUCAGAGUUUGACUGUCUCCCCCAAGAGAACAGUGAUGGCCAAAUUGAAGCUUCUUGAAGCAAUGAAGAUUUAAAGCCAAUUGGUUCAAAGCUUCAUGGUGGUUCAUUUGGUCAUAUGACAGUCUUAUGAUGCCGCUGUCAAAUAAAGUGGAUAAUAAACCGGAUAAUAUCUUUUGGUGUAAAUAUCUCAUAAUACAUUGAGGACAGCUGCGCGUUAUAGUCCAGUGCGGUUUAUCUAUGAACAAAUGCCGUCUUUGUGUCAAAUUUGGUGGGUGCCGGCUUAUAGUCUGAUGCGCCUUAUAGUGCGAAAAUUACGAUAAUUGUUUUCUAACAUGUAUUCAGGUACUGUUUUUAUUCAAAUUUAAAGUGCAAUAUUUUCAAAUUGAAUCAUUUAUUGAAUAAAUUUAAGGGCAGUUAUACUCUUUAAAUUGUGCCUAAUAUUACAAGAAUACUGAGAGAACCUCUGCCUUGUUUGUGAUGUGCACUGCUCUUUCCCAAUCAUUCAGGGGAUACCUGGAUAGCUAGAAAGUGGUAGUUUGAGAACCAUUGCUAAGUGACCACUUUCCUCUAAAGACAGGGAAUAUGUGUUGUCUUGCUCCUUAUCUAAAAAUGUGAAAAUCAUUGGGUAAUUAAAAGAUGAAAAACCCUUUGUUCAGCUUCAGCCCCUUGUUAGUAGGUUGUGCAAAAAGCCUUGAAUAAUUGGACGCGUGCAAUAAAAAGUUAAGAGGGGUCAAAUUAGGUUUAGCAAUAGAGUUUGUGGUGGUAAACAGGUCCAUCAUGAAAGCAGUUGGCCCAUUUUUUCAAGGUUGAAAAUGAUUGAAAACUGAUGGGGAUGGUUGCUCGUUUCCAUGACUUGCCACACGGAGUCACUGUUGACACACUAAUGCAAUCAUUAAAAGGAAACCAGCAAAGAAGAAAUCUUGUCCGUGUGUUUAUUUAGAGUUGCAUUUAACUUCUCUUUUGGGCCUUCGCGUUGACAUUUUGUACGGUACGUCCACUUCUUUUUGCUUGUUGUCUCGUUGCCAACAAUUUGAUUGAAACGUCCCGCCGGGACAGACACAAACCGCAACGAGGGACGCCCCGCUUUUACAGCUUGACGUUACUGCGGUGUGGCAGCGUCUACGGGAUGUAAGUUGCAGGGGAAAAGUUGCCACAGUUGAGUACAGUACUAGUUGAAUAUCCCAAUAUCUACCGUCGCGGAUUGAAAAAAGAAAAAACAUGGAGGAAUGGGCUGUUUAAAGAGGCGAAAAAUGCCUAACCAGGACGAAUGAGGCUCUCCUUUCCCCCAACAAACUAACUCAUGUUGGUGGCGGGUUUCCGUGAUCUUGCAUCCCUGUGAAGACUAAUGGAUGUUGAACGCCGCCACGAAAAACAUCUGCAUUCAUGUCCAGUAAAUUUGGUCAGGCCGAUGAGUUUAGUCAUGGAUGAUCAUUUAUCACAGCCUCAUCCACACAACUCUUCUAAGAGAGUGUCAACCAAAAGCAAAGCCCCAUCCCCACCAGAACUGAAGAAUCUGGAUUCCUUGGAUUUCUCCCAGUGGUAUCCAGGAAACGCUGCCGUCACCAUGGACCACAAGGAGAAGCCUGUUGAUAAAGACCUCUCUUUGGUUGUUGUAUUGCCGGACGGUGUGGAAAAGAUGACCACAGUUCAUGGCAGUAAGCCUGUCAUGGAUCUGUUGGUGACGCUUUGCGGAAGGUAUCGCCUCAACCCGUCAAGUUACACUUUGGAACUCAUCACGGCGGGCCGGCACAACAUCAAGCUCAAGCCCAGCGCUCUCAUCGGCACUCUGGAUGUGGAAAAGAUCUUACUUAAACCUAAAGGGGAUGAUAAAAAUAAGAAGACGGGUCCUCAAAAGCCUGAGGCCACUGUUCGGAUGGUGAUAAACUACAAAAAGACCCAGAAAGCUAUCUUAAGAGUCAAUCCUCAAGUUGCCCUGACUGAACUCCUUCCUGCAAUCUGUGAGAAAUGCGAAUUUGCACUGGAGACAACAAUUCUAUUGAGAGAUGUGCAAUCCCUGGCCCCUUUGGACUUGUCCUGCUCCCUAAAUGAUUAUGCAAUCAGAGAGGUUUAUGCAAGAGAUACAAGAGGACUUUCUGAGUCUACUGUGUGCACAGCCUCACCAACACAUACAGCAGCAGUGACACCUGGAAAAGAUAAAAAUCAGAAAGAAAAAGAAAACAAGGGCCUCUUCAGCAAAUUUAGGAAAAGCAGGAAAACAUCUGAGCAGGCCACUACAGCUAGCGCCCCUGCUUCUCCGGUGCUCGUAAGCAAGCCUCGACCGCUUAGCAUGGCCUUGCCCAACUCCUGUUCACAUCCGCUAAUGUCGCCGACAUCGCCUGUCGGUGAUGUGCCCAAGAAGAGACGGGCUCCUCAGCCCCCCAUACUUGUGUCUCAGAGCUGCCACGCAGACCUCAGCACUCGCCAGAGGCUCUACUCUGAACCUGCUAUCCCAGUGGACUGUGAGAUUUCUGGUUUCAGUCGCGGCUCCUCAGCAGAAUCUUCACUUAGGAGGACUAAACGCAAGGCUCCUCCCCCACCAAUGUCUCCAGUUGGUGCUGGACCAGAAACUGUUCCUCCUCAAGAGAAUCUGCAAGACCCUGUAGGCGUUAAAACACUGGAAGAAAUCACUGAGGAGACAUCAGCAGCUGCAAAAGAGGUCCAUCAGCAAGACUCUGACAAGGGCAGUGGGGAAGAUCAGUCUCGUGAUCUAUCCUCAGAUGGCAACCAGCCACAGAGCACUACGGAUGAUUCAGCAUUUCAGAUCGAUGAAAGAAUCCCGACUGACCCAUCUCAAGCGGCGGAAAGUGUCUCACAAGUUGAAAGUGAACCCAGUCAGUCCAUUUGUGACGAACCUGUGCAUGAGAGUAUAAAAUUUGACCGCGGGGAUGUAACAAGUGACCUCCAGCUAGUUGCAGAAGACUCCCAGGUUGCUUCGGUUGAGGAAAACGCCCCCGCCCCCCAGGAGCAGUUGGUCAGCUCGCAGAGGUCAGAAAUUAUUGGCACGUCCUGCCCCGCUGGAGAGGACGCUCAGGUGCAAACAGAUUUAACAGCUUCCCCGGAGCCACUACCAGAACAUCAAGAACAGACAGAGCAAGUUGUGCCCUCUCCCUUGGAGUCUGGUUUGGAAUCAGCGAACAAUGUAAAGAAGGACAUAGCCACUGCAACAGAUGAGCCGCUAUCAGUGGACUUCAAAUCUAGCCAAACAUUAGACACGCCCCCGUGCCAAACGUCGACACCAAUUGUUGCCCCGAAAGUUGCGUCGAGCUCCACCUCGCAGCCCGAGCCAAAGCCGAAGCCCUCCAACGAGUUAACCAGGGACUACAUCCCUAAGAUAGGGAUGACUACGUACACUAUCGUGCCUCCAAAAUCAAGUGAGAAGCUGAGGUAUUUUGAAGUCGCACUGACACUGGAGACGCCCCCCGUUGCAGCAGAAGAUACACCCAGGGAAGAAAUACUGAGCACAACUAAUACUACUACUACCACUGCAGCAAACACUGUCAAUGGAUGCCAAGCUGAAGCCACUCACGCCUCAUCGCCAAGCAGCUCUACUAAAGCUGCUGACAGGUUCUUCUCCUCUCAAGCAGUUGCACCAGGAGAGGUUAAGGAGACUAAAAUUCCACCUGCAAUUAGACCAAAACCAGGAUCCUUCCGCUUGUCAAAGCACAAAAAGACGCCUGGGUAUUAUGUGACUUCAGCUGCAGAAAAAAGUCCUGUCGCCAAUACCCCUUCUGGCCACAAGGUCGACCAGGUAGACCGAGAGAUGUUACCACCCCCACCUCCUACUCCUCCAAUGCAGGGCAACAUUGAAGCCACUGAAGUUAGCCCAAGCCCUAAAAAGGACUAUAUACAAGACACACGUAUGACUAGGCAGAGCAGUAAGACAGCCAAAGAGCCAAGCUUCGGGUUAAGCUUAGAGAAGCUGAGGAGCUUUGCGGCCCCCAGGCCUUAUUCCCCUUCCACACCAUCUCGGUUCGCCCAAGCGGUGUCCUCGGCCGUCAAGAGGAGCCGAUCGCUGCCCCACAGCCCCAAAUCACCCAGCUCUCCGGUGACACCCUGUUCUCCAUCUGCAAAUCGCUUUUCAGCCAUUGAGCAAAACACAGUAUUGAAGUUCAAGGUUAAUGAGAAUGUUGAGGUGGCGAAUGGCAAAAGUUCUCCACCAGAUGACAAAGAACAGCCAGUUGUACCGAGUGAGCUUGUGCAGAUGGAUGGGAGGAGAGAGUCAACCAUAUAGCAGUGCUCAAUGACGUACAUGAGCUACUGAGGAGCACAUCCUGCUUUUGUUUCCUGAAACCUUAUUUUGGCACGAGACGAACAGUCUUUUGUUUUACCUCUUUUGAAUGGCAGUGUCAUCGAUUUAAUAUUUAAUCUUUAAUAAUUGCUGUAUUUUGGUUUAUUUGCUCACAUUUCAUUAACAGCUUCGGUAAAUAAUUUAUCUUUUUUUUUUUUUUUUUUUUUGUACAUGUGCUGUCUUGCAUUAAAUGCAGUGUUUUGCCUGGACCAGGAUGUUAAAUAAGAGCUAUUCUAUAAAUUAUAAAGAUAAAUUUUGGAGUUGUAAUAAUGUUAGUUUAUUAUUGUUUAUUCACAAACAUUUCUGAACAUUGAAUUUUGAGUUUGGAAAGACCGUGUUUGACUUGUGGUACUAAAUACCCCUCGUUUGCAUUGUUUAUAUUUAAAUAUGAGUUUUCAUAAAGCGAUGUGCAAAUAAUGUUGAAUGAACUUAAUAAAUAAACUUCACACGU